GCCGUUGUGUGUGUAUAUAUACUCAACAGAUCCUUGACAUUGAUGCCGCAUGUGAUUACCGCUUUGUACACGAAAGGUUGUAGUAAGACAGAAGCAAUCGCCUGAUAGUUCGUUUUUAAGGAGUUAAUAAAAGGAUUUAAAAUACAGACCACAAUGUGCCUCGCAAACAUAUCCGGCGUGCCGGAUAAACACUGGCAGCCACCUUUCGUCGUCUUUGAGACUACGAUGGGUGAGGUAACCUUUGAGUUAUAUUGGAAACAUGCUCCUAUUACAUGUAGAAACUUUGCCGAGCUGACACGACGUGGAUAUUACAAUGGUACCAAGUUUCACAGGGUCAUCCGUGACUUUAUGAUUCAAGGUGGUGAUCCUACUGGGACAGGAAAAGGUGGGAUGUCCAUCUAUGGUGAAUGUUUUGAUGAUGAAAUACAUGACGAUUUGAAACAUACAGGUGCUGGGAUAUUAUCAAUGGCAAAUUCUGGACCAGAUACAAAUGGUUCACAGUUCUUUAUAACACUUGCGCCUACUCAGUGGCUUGAUGGGAAACACACUAUAUUUGGUAGAGUCCAUUCUGGUAUGGCAAUAGUGAAAAGAAUUGGUCUAGUUGAGACGGAUAAAAAUGAUCGACCGGUAGACGAUGUUAAAAUUGUGAAAGGUUCCGUGAAAAACGCGUGAUUUCUCUGACAAAAUUUUACAAGAUGUAAAAAUCUUAUUUUCUCAAAUUUUAAAACAAGAAUUUAAAAAUAACGCAUCGAAACAUUAAAAAUAAAUGUCUUUAUGUCUAUGUAAAUUAUAUAUUAUGAUUGUAAUAAAAAAAUAUCAUUUAAUCAUGAUAAUCUGAGAAGAGAGUAGAAAUUUUUAUUUGUAACUUGCAAUCUACGAAAAUGUGCCACUACUCCAGUUUGGUGUGUAUUUUUCGUGACUCGAAAAAUCAAUUUCUUUUUAUUGGUAAUAAAACAGCAUAAACAGCCAA